UCCAAGUGCAAAUAAUAAUUGUUCCCCAUUCUCUGGCUCUGCAGAUAAAUGCUUUACACAAAGUGCAGUCACACGACUCAGAACUGCCCAGGGAGAUGAGCAUGUCAGCCACCCAGAGCUUUGCCUUUGUACUGUGCAUUCUAGAAAUCAGUGUCCUGACAGCGGAGUCCACGCCCAGUUAUGACCAAGAACCUGGACAAGGGAGUGGCUUUCCAUUGCCCAUAGACUGCAGAAUGAGCCCCUGGAGUGAAUGGUCACAAUGUCAUCCAUGCCUCGGACAAAUGUUUCGCUCAAGGAGCAUUGAGGUCUUUGGACAAUUUAAAGGGAAACGUUGUGUUGACUCUGUGGGAGACAGAAAACAGUGUGUGCCCACCGAGCCCUGUGAAGAUGCUGAGGAAGACUGUGGAAAUGACUUUAAAUGCGGUACAGGUAGAUGCAUAAAGAGGCGACUUGUGUGUAAUGGUGACAAUGACUGUGGAGACUUUUCAGAUGAGGAUGAUUGUGAAGAUGAACCCCGUACCCCCUGCCGUGAAAGGGUAGCAGAAGAGUCUGAGCUGGCACGGAUAUCAGGCUAUGGGAUCAACAUUUUAGGAAUGGAUCCCUUAAGCACACCUUUUGACAAUGAGUUCUACAAUGGACUCUGUGACCGGGUUCGGGAUGGGAACACUUUGACAUACUACCGAAGACCCUGGAACGUGGCUUCCUUGGCCUAUGAAACCAAAGCUGAUAAAAAUUUCAGAACUGAGCAUUAUGAAGAACAGUUUCAAGCAUUCCAUGGCAUCAUCCGAGAGAAGAUAUCAAAUUUUGAUGCAACUUUUGCUCUAAAAUUCUCACCCACUGAAGCAAUAAAGACAUCCAAAGAACCUUCUCAUGAGAAAGACAACCCAGCUGCCGAGGUUCCCGCUGAAGCAAAAAUAAACCCCAAAGGAUUUGCUCAGAAAAGAAAUCCGAUUUCUGUAGAGGGAAAGGGUAGUUUUAAAUUUUCAUUUUCCCAAAAUGAAACUUACCUAAAAUUUUUGUCACAUUCUUCAAAGAAGGAAAAAAUGUUUCUCCAUGUGAAAGGAGAAAUUCAUCUGGGAAGAUUUUUGAUGCGAAAUAGAGGCGUCGUGUUGACGGCAACUUUCUUGGAUGAUUUGAAAGCUCUGCCAAGUACCUAUGAGAAAGGAGAAUAUUUUGCAUUUUUGGAAACCUAUGGAACCCACUAUAGUAGCUCUGGGUCUGUAGGAGGACUCUAUGAACUAUUAUAUGUUUUGGAUAAAGCUGCCAUGAAAGAGAAAGGUGUGGAACUAACAGAUGUAAAGAGAUGCCUUGGGUAUGAUCUGGAGCUAUCUCUGGGUGUCUCUGGACCCUCUGUUGGAGGUGAAGCUUCAGGCCAGUUCAAUAAAAAGGAUUGUUUAAAGACAGGUGACGGUAAAGCUAUGAACCUCACCAGAGACAAUCUCAUAGAUGAUGUUAUUUCAUUCAUCAGAGGAGGAAGUACAAAGACUGUAGCUCAAAUGAAAGAAAAUCUUCACAAAGGAAUCAAGACAAUUGAUGUGAACGACUUUGUAAACUGGGCCUCUUCCUUAAAUGAUGCUCCAAUACCCAUUAAAAAUAAACUGUCUCCUAUAUAUAAUCUGAUUCCUGUGAAAAUGAAGGAUGCACACACAAAGAAACAAAAUUUGGAAAGAUCCAUUGAAGACUAUGUCAACGAAUUCAGUGUAAGAAAAUGUUCCCCAUGCCAAAAUGGAGGUACUGUGGUUCUGCUGGAUGGAUAUUGUUCAUGUUCCUGCCCAUUCAAAUUUGAGGGACUUGCCUGUGAAAUCAGUAAACAAAAACUACCUUAAGGACUUCCAACUACCCCACUACUACCAAGAAAAAGAAGAACUACUGUCUUCUCUGGGCUCAUGAAGAAGAAAAAUACUAGAAAACUGUCCUUUUUAGAUUCUGCUGCUAGAAACAGUUCUUGCUGCUAAGAGAAAAGCCACCUGCUUCAUAAAAAUUCUACCAACCUCUUAAGUCUCCUAAGCCUACAAUGCUAUGUUUUCCUCCAUAAAUUUCUAUGCUGUUUUCAUUUUUAAUUUCCCAAUAAGUAGUUAACAAUGAAAUAUGCCAAGACUGCUUUCUCCCACAGGCCAUUCCAAUCUCCUAUUAAUAAAUCAAAAUUAAAUUAAAAACAGCAUGUUGGUUUAGAAACUUUAAA